AUGAUGAUAGAUUUGGGCAGUCAAAGAGGGAUGGUCCCUAUAAUGGACACCCCAACCUCCGUAGACUGCGGGCGGGAAGUGAGGUUCCGGAGGUCCUUUAGGUCUCUUGUGGAAUGUAUGGUCCCUGCCUGUUGUGGCUUUCAAGCAUCUACAGAUUCUCUUGCUGGUGAUACGGAUGAUCAUUACGCAUCUCCGUCAGCUUCCACCACCUCCACUUCCACCAGCGUAACCGGCACCUUUUUUGGUUACAGGAAAGGUCGAGUGAGUUUUUGCCUCCAAGACGAUACGCGGAGCUCUCCUCUCUUACUUCUAGAGUUCGCAGUCCCCACAGCCUACCUCGCAAAAGAGAUGCAGCACGGGUUGCUCCGCAUAGCACUCGAGUGCUGCCACCCGAGGCAAAUUAAUAGCCAAAAGGAGCGCUGCUCCCUCUUUAACGUGCCGGUGUGGUCCAUGUACUGUAAUGGACGGAAGGUUGGUUUUGCUAUGAGGAGGCAGAUGAGUGUUAGCGACGUGGAUGUACUCAAACUCAUGCAGUCAGUCUCCGUAGGUGCUGGUGUUUUGCCGGUGGCAGCAGGGGAAGCAGGGGACCUCCUCAUGUACUUACGAGCCAGUUUCGAGCGAGUCGUUGGCUCUGCUGAUUCCGAGUCCUUUCACAUGAUUAAUCCUGUUGGCAGUUCUGGACAAGAACUCUCUAUAUUUCUCUUGCGAUCAUGA